CCAAAAUCUAUCUAGCCAGCUAGCAAUAUCUAACUAGUAGCUACCGGUACCGUACAGUAGGCAACACCAACCUCAUCAGAAACACAGUCUAGCCAAAAUGACCCGACCCCCACCUGGGAACAAGCUGCUUUCUGUGGUGCUGCUAGCCUUUGCUUUUAGCAUUACUAGCAACCAUGCUGCCCCCAUCCAAGAAGGCUUGAUAGAUCCAGAUCUGCAACCUAAGUUUGCAACCGUUGCCCCCAACUUGCUGGAUGAGCAAUGGGAAUGGAACACUACUAGCGGAUUCUUGGAGAUUGCCGUUCAAGAGAGUCAAGUCUUUACCGGGCUGGUGGAUCCUACCACGGGGGAUCCGCUACCAACACCAAUCUAUGGGUACGGUACGGAAGACACUGGUUUUACAUGGCCAGGUAAAACCGUCAUUGCUCAGAGCUAUCAACCCCUACAAAUCAAGUGGGAGAAUCAAAUCAGUCCCGGGGAUUACUUGCUCACCGAUCUGGUCCAUGGAGAGUCCAUCUUACCCGACGAAUCCAGUACCUCCACGAGUGGCCUUCCCUGGGCAUAUGGGUUGACACAUGUCACUACUACGCAAAAUAAAGCGGACAAAGAAGAUCGAAAAGGAGGCCGCAAAAAGAAAAACAACCGUGAUUCCGGAGUAACGGUGGAACACUAUGGCGUCCCCAUUGUCCCUAGGCUUCACGGGGGACACGUCGCCAGCACAUACGAGGGGGAUCCAGAAGCUUUCUUUGGCCCUGGGUUGGAUGUGACGGGCUCUGAAUUCGCCGGCAAUGUCUACACAUACCAGAAUCAACAGCCGGCGACCUGUUUGUGGUUUCAUGAUCAGACGCUUGGCAUCUCGAGCUUUAAUAUUUAUGCGGGCCUCUCCGCAUUGUAUAUUUUGCGAGAUAUAUUUGACACGGGCCUUCCAGACAAUCCGUUGCAUUUGCCGGCUGGGCCGUACGAGGCCGCUUUUGUGAUUCAAGAUCGAAUGUUCAAAGAAAAUGGAGAGCUCUACUUUCCAUCAUCCACAACAGACGCGACAACAGAGGCUCAAAGCAACGCAACACAGAGUAACGCAACAAUGCACCCCGAAACACAUCCACAACCUGCACAACCUGACUACAUUUUCCUUGGGGAUGUCAUGACGGUAAAUGGCAAAAUUUGGCCCAAGUAUCCCGUCGAACCGCGUCGCUACCGGCUACGGUUGCUCAAUGCGUGCCACAGUCGAUUCCUAGCCAUUCAGUUCCGUGCAGAGGUUCUACCAACCACUGACAACCAAAACAACAACAACGACGAGGAACCCACCACUUCAGUGCCGCUACAGUUCACUCUUCUUGGAGGUGGUCAAGGCCUGUCACCCGAGCUCACCACACGAGACACGCUGCUCAUGGAGCCAUCCUCUCGAUACGAUAUUCUGCUGGACUUUCAGAAUCUGGAAGGCUUUCGGCUUCUCAUGACCAACACUGCCGGCGACGAGCCCUUUCGGGGUGACACGGAAGGAAGCUUUCGAUUUUCGUCCACCAACGUAAUCAUGGCAUUGGAUGUCGAACUCGAAUUGGAUGACUCCGUUCCCGAAUACAGCGACUUUGACGUUGCGCCGCUUUUGCAGCAUUUACCACAUUCCCAUCAUCCUCCGGGCACGUCUUCCCCUUUGAUCAUUACCAAGAAAGCUGGAUUGUCAGCACCAUCAUUACUGGGCGACGACGAAGAAGCCAUCAGUGAGGGCUAUGUUCGAGUUCGAAAGCUGGCGGUAUUCGGUGGAAUACCGAGUGCCUUGGGUGAUCCAUUACCCCCGCUGUUGGGAACGGCAGAGCCUGCGGUAGAUGCCCACGGCAAUCCCAUCUUGUGGCCGGAUUCCCGUCUCUAUGAGGAAGUGGGCUUGGCCAGUUUGCCCAUGGAAGGAAGCUUGCCGUGGCAUGCUCCCAUUACGGAGAACCCCCAGCUUCACGAGACGGAGGUUUGGGAAAUCUACAGUUUUGCUCGAGAGGCUCACCCAAUUCAUGUUUCCUCCGUCACUAUGGAAGUGCUGUCACGACACGAAAUUCGCUUCGAUUCCGGGACGAGGGCAGCCCAUCACACCAGUUCCUUUCACUUUGAAAUACCAAUGAAAGAAAAGCCAGUGGGAGAUGGAACCUAUCUGGAACGGCAAUCGUUGGUAAACUGGGCUGAUGGGAACGCUGCAGAUCGAUUCCGAGUGGCCAAUGCCACCGUCGGGGCAAGGGUACCAGACGACGACUUGUUUGGGUUUUCAGACUAUCUACCGCGCGAUGUAGUGGCGCUGCUUCCGAAGCAGGUCACUCGAAUCAAGAUGCAAUUCGAACAACCGGGACAAUUUACGUGGCAGAGUCAAAUGCUAUCUCUAGAGGAUCAGGAAAUGAUUCGUGCCUUCUACGUCGGCGAAAUGUCCGAGUACGAAGCACAGCACAUUGAGCACGAGUACGAACAAGCACUCAACCAGGAAGAGCAGAAACGAAAAGGAGGAUCCAAAAAGGAGAGAGUAAAGACGAAGAAGGAUGGAAGCCACAAGGAAGGCCGGCAACGAGGGUUGCGGAAUGAACGGUAGCUGUUGUGUCGGGUAGGAUCUUGUUCCGCUCAGACUCGAGACUCCUGAACGUGGCCCUCCCGAGCUUACUCCACGCAUAUGCCAUAUAGUAAAUUAGAAGCAACCAUAUGACAACUCU